CAACCAACAACAUCAACUAUAAACUCAGCAUCUUUUUAGCAGAAUUCAACAUUCUCACUCCGUCACUCCGUCACUCUCUCCAUCUCUCUUCGGCCAACGAUUGUCCAUAGUUCUUCACUGUUGCCUGGCAAUUCUCGAUUCUUUGAAGCGUAAUGGGUGAUUUACAAGCAACAAUUGAAUUUUCUGUGGAAUUAUAUAAAUUCUUCAAUGUGGAUUUAUUUCAAAGGGGUCUGUAUCAGGUACGAUGCUCUCUGCGUGUCUCACCCCGCCUACCGGUACAAAUCGAAACCACAAUACCCGAGACCACAGCGAAUGGCCAGCCUGCCGUUCAGCCCAUUGCAUUGGCGAAUGGAGGCGGCAAUGGUAGCGGUAGCAAUGGUGGAGAUGCUAAUAACGUGGCAGGUAUGGGUGGUGUCGGCAAUGGGACAGAGUCUGUGGAACAGUUGGACAACAAUCAUCAACAACAACAGCAGCAGCAACAACAACCACCAUCCGAUAUACCACCACUGCCCAAUAAUGUUCACAACUUAGCCUCGGCCAGCAUAAUUAAUGGGGCUGGAGCCUCACGUGUUUUCCAAAUACUCUAUCGCAACGAAGAAGUGACACUACGUGACGUGAUCUACUUUCGGACCCACUUAUUAGUUGACAGUCGUCAUUUAAAAGAAUCCAUAGAACGUGCAGAAUUUUCAUUACAAUUGGAAUUGUGGUUCGCCGAACAGAAUGCCACAGCAUCCAAUUUGGCAUUGGCCUCGACGCGUACUUUGCAGUUGAAUUUCCAUCCAGGACGUGGUCUCCACUAUCAUCUGCCGGUGUUGUUUGACUAUUUCCAUUUGGCUGCCGUCAGUGUGGGCAUCCAUGCCAGUUUGGUGGCAUUACAUCAGCCGUACAUCAAGUAA